AGUCACUUGUAUAUAAGAUUUGGAUCCUCUCACAAAAACGUUAUAUAUAUAUAUAUAUACAUACAUACAUACAUAUAUAGCUUCAGUUCAGAAUCAGAACAUUUUAUUUUAGCUCCAAAAAUGGCUUCGUCUGUCUCCACUACGCCAUACCCAAUCAAAACGAUCGUCGUUUUGGUUCAAGAGAACCGUUCCUUCGACCACAUCCUUGGUUGGAUGAAGUCUCUGAACCCAGAAAUCGACGGCGUUACUGGAUCGGAGUCAAACCCGGUGUCGACCUCCGACCCAGGGUCGAACCGGAUCUUCUUUCAGGACCAUUCAGUGUACGUGGAGCCGGAUCCGGGGCACUCGAUCCAGGACAUAUACGAGCAGGUGUUCGGGGAGCCGUGGAGUGAGGCGUCGGCGGUGAAGAAGCUUCCGGCAAAGAUGGAAGGAUUUGUGCAGAACGCGGGGAGGCAGAAGGAAGGGAAGGAGAUGGUGGAGACGGUGAUGAACGGGUUCAAACCGGGUCGGGUUCCGGUGUAUGAAGAGUUGGUGAAGGAGUUUGCGGUGUGUGACCGGUGGUUCGCAUCGGUGCCGGCGUCGACACAGCCGAACCGGAUGUUCGUGCACUCGGCGACAUCGCACGGGCUGACGAGCAACGACACGAAGAAGCUGAUCGGAGGUCUGCCGCAGAAGACGAUAUUUGAUUCGUUGGAAGAAAAUGGAUUCACUUUUGGGAUUUAUUUUCAGUCGGUUCCCUCCACUCUUUUCUACAGGAACCUGAGGAAGCUGAAGAACGUAGACAACUUGCACUCGUUCGAUCUAUCCUUCAAGAAGCAUUGCGCAGAAGGGAAGCUUCCAAACUACGUCGUAUUGGAGCAAAGGUUCUGGGACUUGCUCUCCAUUCCUGGCAACGACGAUCAUCCUUCCCACGACGUCUCCAAGGGCCAAAAUUUCAUCAAAGAAGUCUACGAAUCCCUCAGAUCAGGCCCUCAAUGGAAUGAAAUGCUCUUCGUCAUCAUUUACGACGAGCACGGAGGGUUCUUCGACCACGUUCCGACUCCGGUCACUGGUGUCCCCAGCCCCGAUGGGAUUGUUGGCCCCGACCCUUUUAAGUUUCAGUUCGAUCGUCUUGGUGUUAGGGUUCCAGCACUCUUCAUUUCUCCUUGGAUUGAACCUGGCACAGUGUUGCAUGAACCAUCUGGGCCAGAAGCAACGUCACAUUACGAGCAUUCGUCUGUACUUGGGACUGUGAAGAAGAUAUUCAACCUGCCCGAGUUCUUGACGAAGCGUGAUGCAUGGGCUGGAACAUUCGAGGUUCUUUUAACUAGAUCAACUCCACGAACUGAUUGCCCUGUGACUUUGCCAGAACCAGUGAAACUGAGAGAGGCUGAAGCAAAAGAAAAUACAAAACUAAGUGACUUUCAAGUAGAACUGGUGCAGCUAGCAGCAACGCUGAAUGGGGAUCACAAGAAAGAUAUAUACCCUCACAAGUUAAUAGAGGGCCUGAACGUUGCAGACGCAGUGAAAUAUGUUGAAGAAGCAUUCAAGUUUUUCAUGGGUGAGUGCGAGAAAGCAAAACAAAGUGGUGUUGAUGGAUGUGAAAUUGUUGAAUGUGCAAAUUCUUCCCAGUCUUAUUCUGCUUCUGCUUCUACUACUUCACCAACACCAGUUCCUAAGAACAGCUUCUGGCACAAGAUUCUUGGGUGUAUAUUCUGCGAUCGAAGUGAUUGAUUCAGUCUUCGUUAUUUGUCUCUAAUUUCUCAUCAUUUUUUCCUGGAAAAUCGGGCUUGGUCAUUGUGUAUUAUUCAAUUUGGUUAUAUAUUGAUUUGUGUGUGUGUGUGUGUGUGUUAAAUAGAUGGGCGUGGAGACAUCAUUCAUGUGUUACAAUUUAGUAGAUAGAGGGCAUCUGAACUCAAGUGAGAAUUUGUUUGU